UGCCUGAAUAGUAUAGUUUGUGGUACAGCUACCUCCCAACAUAAUCAUUAGUAAUUUUUGUUUAUCCCUAUACGAAAAAACAAUACCGUUUUAACGAUAAAAAAAUAUGUAUUUAAUGAUCAAUAAUACAAUUAAAGAUUGCAAUAAAAUAUAAGAAUAAACUUUCAUAUUUUUCUAAAAUAAGUAGCAAUUAUAGUUCCGUUUUAUCACCAAUCAAAUUUAUUAUAUAUUAGUUGCUUUUCACUAUAGAACAGAUGCCUCUUCAAGCAGUGAUCUGUCGAUAAGCAACUAAACAAAAAUUGGUAAUAGAAUCUGUAAUAGCAAGAACUUGAAGUGUAUAUAGUUAAUGCAACUAAACACAUAUAAAAAUAACCCCAUAUGAACUAUGGGUUUAAUAUAUCUGCUUGGAAAAUGUUUUGACUAAUAAAGAGUUGAUGUAAUCUGUUCGUGUGUGUAAAGAAGAUCGUGAAAGAGUGAUGUGGGAAGCCGGUACGUUUCCUAUUUGUUGCUGUUCUGCUUAAACUUACCAUGUCCAAUAUUUUAAAUAUUUUUACAUCACUACAAUUGUAGUGGAAAUAGAUACCAAGACACCUGUGAUAUAAGUGAAAAGAAUGGAAGAUCCAAACGAAAAUCUGGAUAGUUCUGAUGUGAACAAAGGGGUGGAAUCACCACUUGGAAUAGAAAUGAAAUUGUCAAAGAGCAACUACCCAUCCAGCGUUCACUCUGAAGUUUCAGACGAAGCCAGAGAAUUGGAUGCUCUUUUGAAUGAAGAUGAUAUAAAAUUGAUAAAUGCAGGGGGAACAUCUAUAGAUGGACAGGAACCAGUGGAAGAAUCAAUGGAAACUAUGCUUGAAGCUUUGCAGAAAGUUGAAUCGCUUAUUGGUAUGGACAUUGAAACUUCUAAUAUUGACUCAUCUAUAUUACCUGUAGAAAACCAAGAACAAUUAGAAGAAGCUAUAUAUACAGAGGAGACACCAGAUACAAUGAUAUCUUCAAUGCAAAUGGAAAUCGAAUUGUCUGAAAACAAGGAUGUUCCUUCAAUACAACCAGAAUUGCAAGAUCUUUUGAAAGAGCAUAAUACAGACAAUGAACAAACACAGUUGCAAGAGGAAUUAGAAGAUUUGUACGAUUCGCAAGAAGAAGCUGAGUCUCCUGUAAAGAUAGAAAUUAAAGUAUCUGAUAAUGAAGAUGACUUGGCUACUUUGGCAGAUCUACCAGAAGAAAGCAAAGAAGUAAUAAAAACAGAUGUUAUGUUAGGAUUAUCACCUGAAGUUCCAAAAAGUGUUAAAUCACCUAAUGAAAUGUAUGUUGAAUUGACAGAAGCAGAAACAGAGACAUCUUUAGGCUUUGAUGAAAAUACAAAAGAUUUGGAAGAGAAAUUGGAAGUUUCUGAAGGUUCUAAGCAAUCAGUAACCGCUGAAGUGGAAGUUGAAUUGUCCAAGUAUGAGGAUGAAUCUGUCAUUGUCUCGAAAGAUUUAGAUGAAAUUAAAGACACAGAUACAGAAACAAUAUUAGACAAUCAGGAACCACUUGAUAUUGACUUAAGCACUAUUAAAUCAUUAGAUAUUUCAUCUGAAGUAAAAGUAGAGGUAACAGAAUUAGAAAGAAUACCUUUAAGUAUACAAGAAUCGGUUGAAGAACCUGUGCAAUCUGUACAAGAGAUUUUGAAGAUACCUGUAGAUGUAGUGCAAGAAAAAGUUGAAGAAUCUGUGGAAGUCACAAAAGAGAUUUUGAAAACAUCUGAGAUGCUUUUUAUUGCUACAGAAAAGCAAGAAACGACAGACCCAAGUAAUUCACUUUUAGAAUCACCAAAAGAAAUAGAGUCUGUGGUUGAACCUAACACUGAAGGUUUAAAAGAUGAAGGUAUCUCAACAACAGGAAUAGAACAGACAAUUGUUGCAGAACAGAAGGAUAAUGAACAAUCACAACCCAUCAAUGAAUUAAAGUCAUUUCAUGAUAGCCCAAAGGAAACUAAUUUAUCUUCAGAAAUGGAGAUUGAACCGUUAAAGACUGAUGUAGAGUUGGAUGUUUCUCCAGAUUUUCAUGAUCAGACCAAAGAACAGAAUAAAUUAGAAGAAAAAUUAGAAUCACCUCCUGAAUUUUCAAAAACAACUGAAACCUCAGUUGAAAUGGAAAUUAAACUAACAGAAGCAAAAGAAGGAGAUUCUAUUGUUUCAACAGAAAAAUCAGAAGAUCCAGAAAAAAACGUAAAAACUCUUAAUCCUCCUGAACAAACUAACUCAGCAAUUGAAGCAGAGAUGAAACUAUCCAAGACAGAUGACAUAUCUGUCCUACAGCCAGAUAUUGAAAAUGAACCUGAAAAUGUGAAAGAAGAGGAUGAGAUUAACACAAUUCAAGAUGCACAGAAAUUGUUGGAGGAAUCUGAAAUGAAAAUAAAUUCUGAAAAGACUCCAAUAGAUGAACAAGAACCAGUGGAUGAAUCUAUGGAAACUAUGCUUGAAGCUUUGCAAAAAGUUGAAUCACUUAUUGACAUGGAUAUGGAGACAUCUACUAUAGAUGAUGCAUCUAUACCAUCUAUAGAAACUCAGGAACAAUCAGAAGAAACAUUAUAUACUGAAGAAAUAUCUAAAGCAGUGGUAUCUCCAACUGAAAUGGAAAUUGAGUUAUCUGAAAGCAGAGACAUUACUUCGAUACAACCAGAAUUACAAGAUCUUUUAGAAGAACACAAUAGGAAUAGUAAACAAGCAGAACUAAGAGCAGAGUUAGAAGGUUUGUAUGAUUCACAAGGAACAACUGAAUCUCCUGUAAACAUGGAAAUUAAGGUAUCUGAUACUGAAGAAGAUUCAGUUACUUCAAGGGAUAUGCCUGAAGAAAAUAUAGAAGCAAUCAAAAGUGAUGUUACAUUAGAGCUAAUGCCUGAAGUUCAAAGUAGUGCUAAAUCUCCAACUGACAUAUACAGUGAAUUAACUAAAAUGGAAAUUGAAACUCCUUUAGUCUUAGAUGAAAAAACGGAAGAUUUGAAUAAAAAAUUGCAAGUUCCUGAAGUUUCUAUGAUGCCAGAAUCGCCAGCUGAAAUGAAAGUUGAAUUAUCCCAGUACAAUAAUGAGUCAAUCACUCAGUCAGAAGAUUUGAACAAGAUUGAAGACAAACAAGAUGAAGAAGAAAAGCUAGAUAAUCAGGAAACAGUUCAUACAAAUUUAAAUGAAGACAAAUCAUUGGAGACUCCACUUGAAAUGAAAGUAGAACUAGUAGAAUCAGAAGAAACACUUGCAACUGUACAAGAACCAAUUGAAGAAUCCACAGAGAUUACACAACUGAGUUUAGAGAUACCUGUAACUGUACAAACACCAGUUGAAGAAUCUAUUGAGGCUACCCAAGACAUUCUGAAGACACCUAUAAUUAUACAAGAACCAGUUCAAAAAUCUAUGGAAGCUACUCAAGAAAUUGUUAAGGCAUCUGUAGAUGUACAAGAAUCGAUUGAGGAAUCCAUGGAAAUCACCCAAGAGAUUCUGAAGACAUCUGAAAAUAUACAAGAACCAGUUGAAGAAUCUAUGGAAAUCACCCAAGAUAAACAAGAAGAAUCAGAAAAAAAUGAUUUUCCUUUAGAAGAAUCUGAAAAAAUAAAGUCUCCAACUGAAUCUACUAUUCAUGAUUCAACAAAUGAAGACAUUUCAACAGUUCAAUUGAAAAAGCAAGUUACUGUAGAAGAACAAGAUGAUAAUGUAGAGUCACAACUAAAAGAGAAACUAGAAUCAUCUUGUGUGAGUCCUGAAAGAACCGACUCUCCUUCAGAAACGGAAAUCGAGUCAUUAAAUAUUGAAGAUAAAUCAGUUCUUUCUCUGGAUCCUCAUACAGGGGACAAAAACAUUGAUGAGAUAGAAGAGAAAUUAAAAUUGCCUUCUGAAUCUUCAAAGAGAAUUGAAUCCCCAGUUGAAAUGCAAACUGAACUGACAGAAGCAAAGGAAGAAGCUUUUAUGACUCCUAUGGAAAAGUCAGACCUCCAGGAAAACUUAGAAUUGUUUAAUGCUUGUAAAGAACUUACCUUAUCAGUUGAAACAGACAUAAAAUUAUCCAAGGCAGAUGAUACACCUAUUAGUAAGCCAGUGAUUCAAGAUGAACCUGAGAAUGAGAAACAAAAAGAAGAUAUUGUAACUCAAGAUACACAUGAUUUAUUGAAAGAAUCUGAAAUAGAAAUGGACUCUAACCAGAUGCCGGUAGAUGUACAAUCAUCAGUGGAAGAAUCUGUGGAAACUAUGCUUGAAGCUUUGCAGAAAGUUGAAUCUCUUAUCAGCACAGAUAUGGAGACUUCUAGUAUCGGUGAUUCAUCUGCAUUACCUACUAAACAAGAACCCUCAGAAGACUCUGAGCCUGUUUUGAGAACACCUAAUGUGGAGGUAUCUUCAUUUGAAAUAGGAACUGAAUUGUUAGAAAACACUGCUACCUGUUUAAUACAAUCAGAAGAGCAAGAUCUUUUUAGACAACAGGUAGAAUUGCAAGAGGUAUUGGAUACUUCAUUUAACUCACUAAAUCCCCUUGAGAAGAUGAAAGUUGAGGCAUCUAAUAAUGAAGAAGAUUUAACUACUUCUAAAGAACCAAAAAAUUUACCAGAGCAGACUAAAGAAGUAUCUAACAUGGAAAACACGUUGGAGUUAUCACCUGAAAUUGCAAAAAAUAUCAAUUCUCCUAUUAAAAUGGACAUCGAAUUGACUAAAACUGAGGCCGAGAUUUCUACAAUGUCAAAUGAAAACUUGAAGAAUUUGGAGAAACAAUUGGAAGUUGUUACAGAUGAUAAAUUGUCAGAAUCGUCGAAGGAAAUGGAUAUUGAACUAUCCAAGUGUCAUGAAGUUCAAUCAGAACAUUUGGAUGAAACCAAAAAUACAAGUUCAGAAAAAGAACUAAAUAGUCAGGGACCACUUGAUAUAAAUUUAAAUACAGAUAAAUUAUUGAACAUUUCACCUAAAAUGAAAGUAGAGGUGACAGAAUCAAGAGAAGCACUUGCCAGUAUGCAAGAAUCAGUUGAAGAAUCCAUGGAGAUCACUCAGGAAAGUUUGAAGGAAACUGAACCCUCCAUUAAUAUAAAAAUUAAGCUUUCUGAAAUUGGCACAAGAAGUGUAGAAAUGCAAGAAGAAACAGAUGAAACUAAAUCUGUUCUUAAGGAACCAGAAUCUCUAAUUGAACCAAAAGUCAAAGUUUCAAAGAGUGAAGAUACCUCUAUGGCACAAGCAGAACGGCAAAUUGUUGCAGAAGAACAGAAGGAUAAUACACAGUCAAAGGAAAAGUUAGGAUCAUCUUGUGACACUCCCAAGAGAACCAAUUCUCCUUUAGGGAUGAAGAUCAAGUUAUUCAAAACUGGAGAUGCUUCUAUUAUUCCAUUGGAUUUCCAUGAAGAGCCCAAAGAGGCAGGUAGAAUGAAAGACAAAUUAGAGUCAUCUUCUGAAUCUCCAAAGAGAACAGAGUCUCCAAUUGGAAUGAAAAUUAAAUUAGCAAAGACGAAGAGUGGAGCUUCCAUAAUUCCAAUAGAGAAGUCAGAAGAUGCAAAAGAAAAUCUAGAAGCUGCAGAUGUUGCUAAACGUACUGAUUCACCCCUUGGAAUGAGAAUCAAACUUUCAAAGACUGGUGAUGCGUCUAUUAUUCAAUCAGAGAUUCAGGACGAGAAUAAGCACACAAAACAUAAAGAAAAGGUGGACUCAAUUCAGGAUGCAGUAAAAGUAUCGGAAACAUCAUCGGGAAUGAAACUAAGGUUGAUAAACACAGAAGAGACAACUGUAUUAAAAGAAGAGCAAAUGGAAGAAAUGCAGGAAGUUUUGCCAAAAGUUGAAUCUCCUAUUGGUAUGAAGAUUAGGCUUUCUAAGUCCGGUGAUGCCGCUAUUAUACCCCCAGAAAAGCAGGAACAUACAGAAGAAGCUAAGAGAAUAGAAUCACCGCUUGAAACAAAAAUCAAGACUGCAAUGCAAGUAGAAGGACAAAGUACUUCAGAAGAACACAAUAGGGAUAAUGUAUACAUAGAACCAAAGGAUAAAUUAGAAACAUGUUAUGGUUCUCCAAAAAGAACUAAUUCACCUAUAGGAAUGAAGAUCAAACUGUUUAAAAGUGGAGAUGCCUCGAUUGUCCCUUGCAGUUUAUCUGAAGAAAGUAAAGAGUCAAGUAAAAUGAAAGACAGAUUAUGUAUGUCUUCUGAAGUUCCAAAAAGAACAGACUCUCCAAUUGGGAUGAAAAUUAAAUUGGCAAAGACAAAGGGAGGAGCUUCAAUAAUCCCAAUGGAAACAUUGGAAGACCCUAAGGAAAGCUUAGAAGUACCUGAUGUUUCUAAACGAACAGAAUCUCCUCUUGGAAUGAAAAUUAAAUUGUUCAAAAGCGGUGACGCUUCCAUUGUUCAUUCUGAAAUUUCUGAAGAAGUCAAAGACACCAAGCAAAAAGAAAAGUUAGAAAAUAAAGGAAAAAUUGAUUUAGUUCAUGAGGCAUUAUCUGGAAUAAAAAUGAAGGGAACAAAGGUGGAGGCAUUAGCAGCUUCACAGGAAUCCCCUGAAGAAUCCAUGGAACCUGUACCAGAAUCUUGGCAAAAGGUUGAAUCUUCUAUUGGUAUGAAAAUUAAACUUUCCAAAUUUGGUGAUGCAUCCAUAAUUCCUGUAGACAAGCAGGAGCAUCAUGAAGAAACAAAAUCUAUUCAGGAAAUACCUAAGAGAACUGAAUCUCCUCUUGGAAUGAAGAUCAGACUAUCAAAGACUGGAGAUGCUUCUAUAAUACAACCAGAAUGGUUAGACCAUUUAGAAGAACACAACAAAGAUCACGCACAAUCAAAACCAAAAGAUAAAUUGGAUGCUUCAUAUGAUUCUCCAAAAAGAACUGGUUCCCCUUUAGGAAUGAAGAUCAAGUUAUCAAAGACUGGAGAUGCAUCGAUUGUUUCUUCGGAUUUGCCUGAAGAAAGCAAAGCAAUGACGAAAUUGAAAGAUAAAUUGGAGUCGUCCCCGGAAGUUCCAAAGAGAACCGAAUCUCCGAUUAGUAUGAAAAUUAAACUGGCAAAAACAAAGAGUGGAGCUGCUAUAAUAUCAAUGGACAACACCGAAGAUUCAAAAGAAAAACUGGAAGUUCCUGAUAUUCCUAAGCGAACAGAAUCACCACUUGGAAUGAAGAUUAAACUUUUCAAGAGCGGCGAUGCGUCCAUUGUUCACUCGGAAAUCGCCGAAGAAGUUAAAGAUGCAAAACAGAAGGAAAAAACAGAAAACUGGGAAAAAGUUGAUGUAUCUCAAGAUGCAGGUAAAUCAUCAGAGACUUCUGGAAUGAAAAUAAAGGUCAUCAAGUCAGGAGAGACGCCGAUAAUUAUGCAGGAACCGGUGGAUGAAUCUGUAGAAACUACCUCAGAGUCUUGGCAAAAAGUUGAAUCUCCCAUUGGUAUGAAAAUCAAGCUUUCCAAGUUUGGUGAUGCAUCCAUAAUACCUGCAGAAAAGGAAGAACAACCAGAAGAAGGUAAAUCUACACAAGAAGUACCCAGAAGGACAGAAUCUCCUCUUGGAAGGAAGAUUAAAUUCUCUAAGACUGGGGAUGCUUCUAUUGUACCAUCUGAAGCAAUAGAAGAUGGAAGCAAGUUAAUUCGAACAAAUGACACAGAGCAUUCAAAGCCUGUUGACACUGCAUUAGGUAUGAAAAUAAAAUUGCUGAAAACAGGAGAUGCUUCUAUAGUGGAUUCAGAGAAGAAAGAAAGGCAGCAAAGACGUCAAGAUACUGAAACACCCUUGGAAAUGAAAAUCAAGCUAUCUAAGACUGGACAUGCUACAAUUGUAGCCUAUGACAAUCAAGGGGAAGCUAUGUAUAAACAAAAAGAAAUUACAGAUUCAUUGCAAAGUCAUUCCCAGAGAUAUAAGGAAUCUGUGCAAGGUGUUCAUAAAGAUUCUGCAUUAAAGAUUUUUAAAACUGGUCAUUCAUCUAUUUUGCAGGGCAAUCGUUCAGAAUUAACAAUUGAACCUGUACAGGCACAGGGAAAAAAACUGGAUAAUAUGCUUGAAAUAUCCCCCAAACGCAAAGAUAUUAGUAUUGCACCAAUAGAGUCCAAAAAGCCAAAAUUAGAUGCUCAGAUUACUCAAAUUUUACCUGAAGUAACAAUUCAGCCUGUGGCGUCUAGGGAUCAGAAGCAGUAUGUAUUUGAACAGAAGAACAAAUCAAUGAACCUUUCACAAAUGAACGUGCUAAAUCAAGAGAUCAGUAUUACUCAAGUUAAAUCGUUGAAGCCAGCAGAUACUUCGAUGAGCGAGAAACUUAAAGACAUGCUUUCUAAAAAUGUCUCUGGGUCUCCAAUGAACUCCGACUGUGAAAUUAUAGAGCAGCGACCAGAAUUAAUAAUCGUUAAUGAAAAUUCAAAUUCUAGCCAAGAUGUCGUAAUAAUCGAAGAAGUUUCUCUUAGCAGACCACCAGAAGUAAAGAUACCUAAGAAGAGAGGUAGACCAAGGAGGAAUCCGUUACCUCAAGGAACUACUCAUCCUCCACCACAGUUGUUAGUGCCUAGAGAUCCUCUGUCUCUGGAUGAUAUGAAACAAAUGCAACAACCACAAGUACCGCGUAUAGAAUCGAGGGAAAAUGAAAGACCUAAAAGGACUUGUAGGAGUCAAAAGAGUUAUGCUCCUCCUAAAAGAGGUAGAGGCCGAGGUAGAGGAAAACGGAAAUUGGAUGGUGCAGAUUCACAAAUGUCCAAGAAAGCUAAGAUAGAACAAGAUUUAACCAUGAUAGAAGCUUCAACAACAGCAGUAAUAACCAUAGACGAUUCUAUGACACAGUCGGAAUCAUUCGGAAAAUCGCCGGAAUUGUAUAAAGCUCUCAAACAACCAACUUUGGAUUCCAAAAUUAUGAACCUUUCAAAGGAAAAGAAAACUAUGGGAUCAAAAAGUGAUGGUAUUAAAAAUAUUCAUGCAUUAAGUAAUACUAUUUCAGAGCAAACUAUUAGAUCACCAGGAAUGAAUAAAGAAACGGAAGUACAAUUGAAGACAAUAUCUAAAUCUAAUGCAUCAACCGAUAAUCUUAAAGAUGAAAAAUUAACAGAAAUUGUAUCUGAUAAAAUGGAUCCUAGAUCUAAUGAAAAUAAAUCCGAUAAACCAUCAGAGAGUACGAAGUUAGAGAAUAAAGAUAUGUUAAUACCUCCAGGAGAUCCUAAUUGGCUAACGCCGGCGUCGAAACGAUCGUCUGAAACUGUUACAAAAAGCGAAAAUGUAUCUACGGUACAGGUUAUAGAUGAAGAAACAAGAAUGAGUGCAGAGUCAGGUUCAAGAUCUCAAACUCCUGCCAGAAAUAUUCCUGCACAAGCGUCUGAAACUAUUAUAAAUGAAGAAUCUCAAGGAAGUGUGCUUAGCACUGCAACAACAGAAUCAGAAAAAGUAAAAGUUAAAAAUCGAAGGAUGGAAAUUAAUUUUGAUCCAGAUGAAGGACCAUUCACUGUUGAUAAAAUAGCCGAGUAUGAAUGGCCACUAGAUCGUAAAGGUGAAACAUUUAUGAUACAAGAACAAAUAUCUCAAUAUCUGGGUGUAAAAUCUUUCAAGAGGAAAUAUCCAGAUUUAAAACGAAGAGUAGUUGAUAUGGAAGAAAGAAAUUAUUUAAGAGAAAAUGGACUGGUUAGUGAAGCAAUGUGUGAUAUGGGUUUAACUGCAAUCUGUAGUUCAGAGGUAUUAGAUGUAAUGUGUAGUGAUUUUCCUGAUCAGUAUGAAGAAUACCGUAAACAUAUGCGUGAAAAACAAGUAAAAGAGCAUUCCAAAAAACAAAAAGAAUUAACAGCAGCUGCUAAUGCAGAAAAAACUAGAAUUGAUCUAGCAGAGAUGGCAGUGCAAUCUGCAUUGUCUUGGAAUAUUAGUUUAAACAAAGCUCGCAGAGAAGAUAGAAAAUGUAGUUUAGAUUUACAAACUUUCACAAUACAUGUGCCAAGAAAGCAACAGAAAGUUGAAGAACGUAAGGUUGGUUACUAUCCUGUUGCUUUAAUACCAGGACAAUAUACAGAUUAUUAUCGUGAAUACACGCCUGCUGAAUUGCGAUAUUAUCCUUUGAAUACCGUUCUGUACGGUCCUACGAGACCAAACGAACGUAAAUUUGAUAGUCAGUCUGAAGGCUCGCAAAGCGACAAUGAUAGUGAUUCAUCUUCAGAUGAUUCGAGCUCAUCUUCUAGCGAAGGAACACAAAAUACAGAAGGUUCUCAGUCUACGAUGGACGACGUUGAUAUGGAAAUAGCAAAUCAAAAAGAAGAAGUAAAAUUAAAAUGCAAAAUGUGUUUGAAAACUUUAAACAAACAUGGUAAAGUUGAGGUGUUGAUUCAGUGUGGCACAUGCAAUGGACAUGUUCAUCCGUCAUGUAUUGAUUUAACAUUGGACAUGGUUCCCCAUAUUCAAUCAUAUGCAUGGCAAUGCACAGACUGUAAAACUUGCGCGCAAUGCCACGAUCCUGCAGAUGAAGAUAAAAUGCUUUUCUGUGACAUGUGUGACAGAGGAUAUCACAUUUACUGCGUUGGGUUACGCCGUGUACCCCAAGGAAGGUGGCACUGUCAAGAAUGCGCUGUUUGUGCAAACUGUGCUUCGAAAGAACCCGGUGGUAUUAAUUCCGAUAGAAACAGCGUUGCUCAAUGGCAGCAUGAAUACAAAAAGGGUGAUAAAAAUACUAGGGUUUAUGUUUCAACGUUAUGUGUUCCAUGCUCAAAGCUAUGGCGAAAGGGUCGCUAUUGUCCGCACUGCAGUCGCUGUCAUACUGCUCCACGACUCGACCUGGAAGCGAAUCUAGUGCAUUGCAGCGCAUGUGACAAAUAUCUGCACUUAGAUUGCGUGGAGACCAAGGGGGUGGCAUUAGACAGGAAAAAUUAUCUGUGUGAUUUUUGUGCACCCACUCGCCAGCAUAUGGUGAAGCCAUUAAUGUCAAAAACGUUAAAAACGUAGACAGCAUAAAAUGUACAGUUUCUGUUUGAACUUGAAAACUGUAUAAAAUGUGAAUUGUGUGUGUAGAGAAAGUGAUAAGAUAGAAAAUUUGUACGAACAAUGGAUGCAUCGUAAUGGUUUAAGUGGUUAAUUUAUCAUAAACUGUUUCUUACAAUUCACUAU